GACAAAAUGGCCUCUGUAACUCAUAAGUGUGUUUACGCGGGAUGUUUUGAAAGAAACGAUGGAACAAAUAAUAAUAUAUCUUUCUUUAAAUUUCCACUGAAAGACGUAGAGCGUACAAAAAUUUGGCAAAAAAACUGCGGGAACAUUGAUAUUUUAUUGAUGGAUAUCACUGACCUUAAACAGAGGGUAAUUUGCCAGCAUCAUUUUGCAGUGGAACAUAUUUACCAAAGUGGCCAAAGACAGUUAUUAAGGAAAAAUGCUGUUCCUCUAAAAUUUACACAGUUAACAACUGAUUUAGGUGAUAUCCCACCAGUAUGCUCUACAUACGUUUAUUGCGGUACGAAACGUAAAAGAUCUACAAGUGACGAUUGUAUGGUUAGGUCAACUCCAUCGCCUAAGAGAUCAAGUAGUAGUCUCAGUGAUAUUUCCAGUUUUGAAAUUAAUUUGCCCACAAAACUUGAAACUGAAUUGACGGAGAAGGUAAAAAAAUUGGAGUAUCAAGUAAAUGCUUUAAAGAAGAAGUGCCGUCAGAAGAACAGUCAGCGUUGUAGAAGAACAACAAAAAACAAAAAAUCGGCAACCAAAUUCAUGUUACAGGUACUGUUAGAAAAUAAAAGCAAAUACGUGCACACAUUUGUUAAUAUGCAGUUUUCACACAAAACUCGUUCACAAUGGAGUCACAAUGAAAAGGAUUUAGCUCUGGCCAUUUAUUAUAAGUCUCCUAGUUGUUACAAAUUUUUAAUUAGAUCUCUUAACUUUAUAUUACCUUCAGUAAAAACAAUUCAAACUUGGUUGCGUGUCAUAAAAUUAAGAACUGGUUUAAACACUUCCUUAAUUGACAAGUUGAAGAAAAAAGCAGAGACAAUGGAUGAGUUGGAAAAAAUUUGUGUGUUAAUGUUUGAUGAAAUUUCUUUGAAAAAAAAAUUGGAGUACAAUAAAUUAGAUGACAUUAUAGAAGGGUUUCAAGAUUUAGGUGCUUUAGGAAGAACAAACAAACUUGCCAACACAGGUCUGGUUUUCAUGAUGCGCGGCUUGCUACAUAACUGGAAGAUUCCGAUUUGCUAUUUUGUUACAGGUGGUCCAAUACAUAGCGACAACUUAAAAAACAUUGUAGUUGAAGUUGUUUCAAAAUUACAAAAUAUUGGGUAUAUACCAAAAGUGUUAGUGUGUGAUCAAGCAUCUAAUAAUAGAGCUUUAUUUAAGCUGUUAGGCGCAUGUAAGGAUCAGCCUGCAAUAGAAAUAGGAAAUCAGAGGAUUUUCACUGUUUUUGAUACACCCCACUUAUUAAAAAGUCUAAGAAAUAAUUUUCUUAACAAAAAGUUGACGUUUUUUGCCGAUUCUAACCAGAUAUCGUGGCAAGAUAUUGAAUACACAUACAACAUCGAUAGAACCAAUGUGAGAGCACGAUGCAUGGUGAAAAUAACAGACGUUCACAUAAACCAUAAUAAUUUCCAAAAAAUGCGUGUAAAAUUAGCAGCCCAAAUUUUUUCCAACUCAGUUGCCUCAGCAAUAUCAACAGCAAAAUCUGUAGGCCAGUUACACACCAAAACGGCUCCUCAUACUGCCGAAUUUUUAAAAAUUAUAAAUAAUAUUUUUGAUGGUCUUAACAGCAAAUAUUGUAGUGAUAGUAACCCAAACAGAAAGCCAAUGUCAACUUUAAGCAAGUCAACUGAAAACUUAAAAGCAGGUUUAGAAUAUUUUAAAAAAAUUAAAGUUUUUGAAAAUCAGAAAGAGAGAAAUAAUAUUCACUGUCUACACGGCUUUCAGUGGACAAUUUUGUCAGUUUUAUGUUUGUGGGAGGAACUUCAAAAAUAUAAUGUGUCAUAUCUUUUAACAUCUUUUCUGAACCAAGAUCCUCUAGAAAAUUUUUUCUCUAUUGUGCGCAAUCGGGGUGGUUACAAUCCAACACCUAGUGUUAGUCAGUUAAGAAUUGCCAUUAAGCAUAACACAAAUAUUAAACUAAAAAUUGCUUUAGACAAUGGAAAUUGUGAAAUAGCACAAACUGAUAAUUUAGAUUUAACCCACGAAGUAACCAGCGUCGAAAUAUCUGACGAGUCCAUUGAAACCCAAACAGUUCAUGUAGAACAAUCUUUAGACAUGCAAAAGGAAAAUAAUGACAACCAAAUUUUAAGCACGGCACAUUCCAGCAAAUGUAGCAUAACAAAUUUAGAAACGUGUGGUGUUACAUAUGUCGCUGGUUAUAUUUACUAUAAGAUUAUAAAGAACUUGAAUUGUAGUAAAUGCCAGGAAGACUUGCUAAAAGACAAUAAAAUUCUAUUACAGAAACACGAAUUAAUGUUACUUUUCAGAGAUUAUGGCGCAAAUGAAGAAAUAAAGUUUCUUCAGAGACCAUCAGAUUUGUUUGUUACUAUUACUACAAUAUUGUUAGAAAAGUUUCACGAGGCUUUUAAUUUAUUUAAAGUAGAUAAUGCAGUUUUCGAAAAAAUUGAAACCUAUGUGACUAACCAUAUUUUAUUAACUACUAAUUGGCUUAAAAGCUGCGAAGACCAUAAAAGGAAAAUUAUAAAAUUUUUGGUAAAAAUCAAACUUUUUAAAACUUGUCAGUGGUAUAACGUUAAUGAAAGCAAACAGAAAACUAAAAGGGAA